CUUCCUUACGCCCGUCUCUUUCUGCGCAAAGCGGGUUCGGCGGCACCGAUCCCAGAGCGGUCAGAGUGCGUCCUGCCAGCCGAGCAUAGCUCUGUGUGCGGGGGCCCGCGGCCGGUCCGGAGUCGGCGAUUGGGGCGCUUUCCGCGCGGAUCGGCGUCGCCGGAAAAACCUCGCAGCGUUUAUAGCAACCGAGCGCCGGGGGAGUGAAACGCACCGGGAAGAUGGGGGACGGUGGCGGCGGCGGCGGCGGAUAAGCGUGGAAUGCAGUGCUCUGCUUCCCCCUGAAACAAAUCCAAGAGGAAUCCAGCGAGAUCAAUCAGAAGUGCGAGGGAAGCCGCUCCACCUUCGCAGCCAUGUUGGAGGAAGACAUGGAGGUGGCCAUUAAGGUGGUCGUGGUGGGGAACGGGGCCGUCGGCAAGUCCAGCAUGAUCCAGAGAUACUGCAAGGGUAUCUUCACCAAGGACUACAAGAAGACUAUUGGGGUGGACUUUCUAGAGCGGCAGAUCCAGGUGAAUGACGAGGAUGUCAGGCUGAUGUUGUGGGACACCGCUGGACAGGAAGAGUUUGACGCCAUCACCAAGGCCUACUACAGAGGCGCCCAAGCCUGUGUGCUGGUCUUUUCCACCACGGACCGGGAAUCUUACGAAGCUAUCGGUAGCUGGAAAGAGAAGGUAGAAGCAGAGGUCGGAGACAUUCCUACUGUCCUGGUGCAGAACAAAAUCGACCUCCUGGAUGAAACAGUGAUAAAAAACGAGGAGGCAGAAGCCCUGGCCAAGAAGCUCAAGCUGAGGUUUUAUCGCUCUUCUGUGAAGGAGGAUCUCAACGUGAACGAAGUUUUCAAAUAUCUAGCGGAGAAAUACCUGCAGAAGCUGAAGCAGCAGUCGGCAGAGGAGCCCGAAGCUGUUCACACGGCCAGCAAUAAAAUUGGUGUUUUUAACACGGCCAGUGGCACCAACUCCAGUCAGAACUCCAGCAGCGCCAACGGGCGUGAGGUCAUCAGUCUGCGCCCCAACAAACAGAGGACCAAGAAGAGCAAAACCCCUUUUGGUAGCUGUGGUCUGUUGUGAGCAGACCCAGCGGGGUGUGCGAUGGCCCGAGGGGGGGCCUGCGGUGGCCUGGGGAGGGUGGGUG